AUGAAUUCGUAUCUAGAUUACUCUGUUUAUAACCGUGGACCUAACUCAUUAAAUUCAAAAGUCGGAUGUUUUGGCUUGGAUCAAGAGUACAUGCAAAGUGCUUGUGGGGGCACUAAUAAUUGCCUUGCUGAUGGGCGGUCAGUUGGAGGGAGCUCGUUUACAACGGCGCUGCACGACAGUCAAGGCAUGAAUUAUGCGCACCAGCAGUCCCAACCAUGUCACAUCAAUUUGGAUUUAGUUACAGCAGGUCAAGCAAACUACGGCAAGCCAAACCGCUCUCACUUGGACUACGGUCAUCAGGCCAUUCUUAAUCAGGGAGAACAGCACAUGUAUUUGCAAUCCCCUAGCUUUUCUGUGUUGAACAUCGGGAACGGCAAUGGGACAGUGACAGAGUCUAACUGCAGGCCAGGAGAAAUCCCAGUCAGUCAAUAUCCAUCGUAUAGCUACGGAGAGAAAGAGCAACAGCAUCAUUACGGCACAUACAACAAAUAUUCCGGAUUCAUUCAUAAUGACUGUGAAUCAAAGAAAAGUCCCACACAGGCGCAAACUUUCGACUGGAUGAAAGUUAAAAGGAACCCACCUAAAACAGUUAAGAUAACUGAAUACGGAAUCCAUGGACAACAAAGCAUCAUUCGCACGAACUUCACGACCAAGCAGCUCACCGAGCUGGAGAAAGAGUUCCACUUUAACAAAUACCUCACCAGGGCGCGGAGGGUCGAGGUGGCCGCCACGCUGGAACUGAACGAGACCCAGGUGAAAAUCUGGUUUCAGAAUCGUCGAAUGAAACAGAAAAAACGCGAGAAAGAAGGAACAGUGCCAGUUGUGAACAGAUCAGCAGACUCCGCUCCUGUACAAAGCACAAACAGCUCCACCAACUCAUCUCCAGCUGCAUCUCCGUCCUCAGACGCUUCAAAUGCCAUUUAAUAACAUUUAUCUGCCUUUAUUAUUAUAUAUAUUACAAGUCUGUAUAGUAAGCCAUGAAUGAGAGUGUUCCACAGGUUCCAACUUUAUAGUUGGGCAGUGAGGAAUGGAGCCAGCUGAAUACAGCUUUUCGCCUGCAUUGCAACAAACGUUCAUGUUCCAACCUUUUAAAGCUGAUAAAAUCUACGUAACUUAUUUUUUGUAUAGGCCAGUUGUAAAAGAUUUUCUGUGUUCCUCACUUUUAUCUUUGUCAGGACAUUACUG